GGGUGUAGCAGGCAUUACAUGGCUUCAUUCUCUCUUUUUUAAAAUAAUUGAAAAACACUUCCAUUCGGGGAUGUGGAAACUGCCUAGAACGCCUUAAGGAAAUAACAGUUGUCAGAUUUCUUCUAAAUGUACAAGGGUAUGUUUAGUGUAGUAGUUAGCGUGCACUAUAUACACGUACAUGUACUGCGAAACUGCAGAUCACAUCGAGAAACAGGGAAUUUUACCUAGUGAGUAGCUACUUCUUCGACGAACAAAAAAACUUUUUAUUGGUAGUCUGAACAUGUACGUCAGGAAUUACUUUGUGCACCCCCUAGCUGCUGGCGCAUUAGUCGUGGAACUCUAUAUCAGCUGAUAGCUUGUAGAAUCAUUGAAGUGAAGGGCGGUGACGUCACGCACCCUUCUGGCCACUGAGAUCAGCGGACCGGACCAGUCUCUAGGAAGAGACUUUGCGCAGGGUUAAACAAGUCAGACAACAGACGAGGGAGUGGGCGAGUGGUAUUGAAUGCAGAAUCUUCAAAAUUUUGCAAGGCUACAAAGAAUCAGUUGCAGUAGACGGUCAAAGCCGGCGGGUGGGCAACACAGAUAUAGCCGGCGAAGCCCACUAAUUGCAGACUAGUGAGUCGGGGCUAUGGAAAACAACAAAAAGACUACUGUGGUUGUGACAGGUUUUGGACCAUUUGGUGAGCACACAGUCAAUGCCAGCUGGGUUGCUGUUCAGGAAUUUGAAAAGCUUGGUCUAGGAGAUGACAUAGAAUUACGCACUAAACAAGUUCCUGUUGAAUACCAGCAAGUGCAGAAAAUAGUCCCUGCAUUGUGGAAGCAACAUAAUCCACAGUUCAUGAUCCAUGUCGGAGUAUCUGGAAUGGCUCAGACAGUAACACUGGAGAAGUGUGGACACAAUAAAGGCUAUUCUGGCCUGGAUAAUUGCAGUUUCUGCCCAGGGACUCACUGCUGCGUAGAUGGGGGCCCAGAGUGUAUUGAUUCAGUUAUCGAUAUGGAUGCUGUAUGUAAAAGGGUGAGAGCUUCAGAGCUGGGUGUAGACGUUUCUGUGUCUAAAGAUGCUGGCAGAUAUUUGUGUGAUUUCAUCUAUUAUACAUCAUUGUACCUGAGCCAUGGUAGGUCAGCAUUUAUUCAUGUUCCUCCUUUGGGGGAGCCAUACACUGCAGCAGAGCUGGGCCGUGCAUUGCAGGCUAUUAUUCGAGAGAUAAUGGACCUCUUGGAACAUUCGGAAGAAAAAAUAACAUGCCAGCAUCAACACUAAGCAGUACUCAAUCAAGAAGCACCCUUUGACUGCAACCCUCAGUAUAUGGUAUGAAACCAAGGAGCAAUUGUUUAACUGUAAUCCUCGAUAUGCUGUGCAAAAUCUUGAGCUGAACAUCUGAGUGGAGAUUCUCCUUUAAUUCUACACAACAGAGAUGCUGCUUUCAAUUAUUUUACAAACAAUGUCUUCGUAAAAUCGGAAGUAACAAACACACUUCUCUCCAAGGAUUCAGUUAGUUUUCAUACAGUCUAACAUACACUGCGGGAUGCUGCCCAUGAAAACUGACAAACUUGGACUCAAAAGUAUGGAGUUUUAUAACUGAUUUGUCUUUAACAAGACACACAGUUGUCAGAUUGCAUUUAAUAAUUUGAAGAAACUGAAUUCAAAUUCUUAUCCUCAAGGCCAGUAACUCUUGGCAAAACUGGGAACACAGUCUACUUCAUUUGUCAAAAAUAUAGUAUAAGACUAUUUUUAGUAAGCAGAAAACUACAUGCAGUUUUCUAUUCCAUGAAAUGUAGAGUGAAGUUUUCAAUGUUGAGUAAAAUUUAUAAAGUAAUUAGCACUAGUUUGCAGUAAGGAGCAAUUCUUACUCUAGCUUAUAGUUUGCCUUUUUCUGAAUGUUAUUUCCUUUAGUGUGUGUGUUUUUUUUAAUUGGUUUGUUUAAAAACAAUUGUUUAUGCCACUAGGUUCAAGUAUUUGUGUUUUGACAUGAGCCCAGGACCACUGGAUUAAUGAUGCCAGGACUGCUCACGUCCAAGCAGUACGUAUGCAGGGACACUAGGAUUUGAACCCUGAUCUGCUGAAGUACUAAGCUGACAUCCUCUUUAUUGCCAGAAACUUUAAGUUGUAUGAACAGCCCAGUAUUUAGAUUGUAAUAUGUUUCAUAAUAUGAACACUUAUAUGUAGAAGCUUCUGUCUGUAUUUCUGAGGCUUGCUUUCCACUACCAAGUGAUGUUUAUUUUAAAAAUGGCAAUCUAAAAUAAGACUCAAGGUGCAUAUUUUUCUAGCAGUUAAUCACUGGGCAUUUCAUGUAACCAUCAGACUUAACUGUACUCAUCUCGUAAAAUAAUAUUGCUGACAGAACUUAUUUUCAUAUGCAUUUAUUUGCAUCAAACUAUAAUUUCAAAGCUGCAACAGACAUCAGUAAGGUCAGCAUUUCCACAUUGUUGUGGAUAAAAAAAGAAAGAAAAAAUAGCACUUCUUGUAACUAGUGCAUUAUUAACAGAGAUGGCUGUGCAGAUUAAAGUGAUGGCAUUUUCUGAACCACAUGUUAUAUUACACUGUAAUAUAGCUUUCAAGGCAGCCACAGCAAAGUAAUGAUAUUAUUGCAAGAAAGUUGUUUUGGAGUGGCUUAAUAAUGCUGCUACAGGUAGUCUGUGACCUGGGUUCAGAAAUGCCCUCUGAUGUUUGGAGAGCUGAUGAGGGGUUGUUAGGUAAACUAGUUGUCCAUUCCAUGGGGUUUGAAUCUUUUCUGAUGAACUUCUCACCAGACAGAAGCUUGAGGGAGCUGUUGUAGUUUCAUUUUGGGUAAUCAGGUGUACUGGCAGGGCACACGUGACAGUGCAUGCCUUUAUACUUGUUGACACAAUGAAUAGAAAGUGAGUCUUAAGCCUAGAAAGUAGGCUUACCCUUAAAGCCACUAUGUGGCAAUUAUUGGACUGUUUAACUGGAGUAGUGAUAGAUACUAAGGUCCUGAAGUAAAAGGUGUAGCGAGUACUGACUUGGUGUUAAGUCAUGAUUUUGUAACCCCACCCCCCCCAAAAAAAAAAUAGAGAAAUGAACCACUGCGUAAAAGAGAGAAGAUAUCCUAGUGUUGAAAUCAACAGUCAUUUUCACUUUGUAUGUUGUCCUAACACAUAAGGCUUAACAGGGCAUAUGCUUAUUUGUUUAUGUCUUAAGUAGAUAGACUUGUUAUUUCAGAACUGCUAAUGUUUUGUAAACUUGCAGAUGAUGGGCCCUUUUAAUGAGUGCAGUAUAUAGUACAUCCAUCUUAAAGCAUUUGUCAUUUAAUACAAUUAAUUCUUGUUUUGUCCCUGUCUCUUUAGGCACUGUAUUAAUGUGUUUUGUGUAAUUGUCAAGUGCCCGAACCCCUACAAUGUAUCAUUUUUGCAUUGAUUUUGGAACAUUUGUAACAUCCAGUUACUGUCUUUUAUGUAGCUGUCUGAGGUUGCCAGGCUCUUCACUGUAUUUUAAGCCACAUAAAAGUCAGAAGAUAAAAGUAUAUAUUUGCUGUAUUAAUAGCUUGAGCAUCACAAUUAUGUUCAUUGUACAGAAAUUAAAUUUACCAUACAUACACAUUAACUGGGAUAAGUAACUGCAGUGGGUAAAUGUGCUGAAUGAUUGGAUUCCCAGCUCUCAUUCCAAAAUAUUGUAGAACUCUAAAAACAUGUUAACAGAAUGUCAACAAAUGUCAGGGUUACAAAGUACAUAAGUAAAUGCUAAUCAUUUAGAAGAAUUGGCUAUUAUGCCUUUAUAAAGAGGGAAAAAAAGAUUUAAAAACCUCUGAUAAUGUCUCUCUCUUUCCUAAAACAUAUUUUUAAAUAAAGAUAAUGUAUUUAUAA